GUGUUAACAUAAGUGCAAAAAUACAAUCAAACAUGUAAUACACAUUUCCCGGAUAUGACAUAUUGGAUAAGCCAUUAAGAACUACGAUCAGAAAGACAGAAUGAUGAAGAUCAAAGGCGGAUCAACUAUUAUUGCAUUCACAACACUGACAUUAUUUUUCCAUGCGUGGUGCCAAGAUUAUUCCCUGAACCCCUGCAGUAUUAAGUGCAAAGACUCAGUUUGCGACUUAUAUAGGAAUUGCCUGGAAUGUGCUGACCAAAAUUUCACUGGUGGUACAUGUAAUAGAUGCAUUGAAGGAAAAUAUGGCAGUCAGUGUGACUUAAAUUGCCCACUAAGUUGUCUAUCUUGUGAUUCUGCAACUAAAUGUAGUUUAUGUAAAAAAGGGUUUAAUGAUAUCACGUGCUCCGUGAAGUUGGAAUGCCUGGAUAAUUGCUACAACGAUACUUGCUUAUACCCGAGUAUAUGCGAUUUAUGUAAGGAUGGAUAUUUUGGGGAUCAUUGCAAUGUUUCGUGUUCAGAAAAUUGCAGGUACGGCACUUGCACUGAGGGGGGUUCUUGCAUUGGCGGCUGUAAAGAUGGAUUUAGUGGAGCAAAAUGUGAAUUAAAGAUUUGUCCUGUUAAUUGCAAUUGCGAUCAAAACAAUAGGUGCUUUGGAUGUAAAGAAAAUUAUUUCGGGCCAUCGUGCAGUCUUACAUGUAGUUCCUGUAAAGAUUAUCAAUGCCCAGAACAUCCUCUAAUGACCGAGAAAUGUAAUGCGUGUGAAGAAGGAACAUAUGGUAAUCUGUGUAAUGAAACUUGUCGGCAACAUUGUUUAAAUAAUAGAUGCAACCAAGACGAUGGGUCAUGUGCAUGUGGAAAAGAGUACAAGUUUGAAGGUGGCAAAUGUGUGCCUAGUACUUGUCCCGCUAAUUGCUCAACAUGUACUUUAUUAGAUAGCUGUGACACUUGUGUUGAUAAAUAUUAUUAUGGAGAAACUUGUGAACAUGAAUGUACUCAUUGUUCGGCCGGAACAAACUGUAAAAAGACUGACGGCUACUGUUGGAGUUUAUGUGCCGAUGGUUUCGCUGGAGAUUACUGUAAUGUCCUAUGCAAUGAGGGAUGCCAAAAGUGUCAACGUAAUAAUCAUAGUGUAUGUGUAUCUUGUAUCACUAGAAGAUAUGGCAUAAACGGACAAUACUAUACAUGCAAUAACCUUUGCAAAAAUAAAUGUGUGAACAACUCUUGUAACGCAUGGAACGGCUAUUGUAACCAAGGUUGUGUGAAUGGAUACAAAGGAUUUUAUUGCACCGAUACAUGCCCAAUACAUUGUUUGAACGAAACAUGUCAACAGUACACUUUUGUAUGUGUUCACGGAUGUGAUGACGGAUAUUAUGGCCGUCAAUGUUUAUAUCGAUGUAAAAGAGCCGAAUGGAACUGCCUUGUUUGUACUUCAAAAAAUGACACAUUCGGUUCUUGUUUACGUUGCACUAAUGGAUCAUAUCCAGGAUACAGCGGGAAGUGCGUUCCAUGUGGACCGAAUUGUUAUGGAGGAUGUAACUCAUCAACGGGAGAAUGUUAUGCAUGUGAAGAUGGGUAUAGGGGAUCGUUCUGUAACGUUUCAUGUGCAUCGAAUUGUAAGUCAUGCCUUCAGACUAACGAUGAAUGCAAUGUAUGCAAAGAGGAGUUUUGGGGAAGUGACUGCUUAAACAAUUGCAGCACACACUGUAAACAGGGGAAUGAUUCAAUGUCCACCUGUGAAAUAAAUUCCGGGAAUUGCAAACACGGGUGCCUACCUGAAUCACAUGGAUUACAGUGUUCUCUUCUGUGUGACAAGCAUUGCCUCGCUUCUGAAGGUGGGGCUCUUGAAUGCAACCAAAUGGAUGGUCACUGCACAUUGGGAUGUGGGAAUGGGUACAAACAGACAAACACAGGAUGUAUUGAUGACCAAAUGAACCAAAAUGGAGGCGCCGGUCAUGGAACAUCUGGAUCAGUUAUAGGUGGUGCUGUUGGUGGUGUUUUCGGCCUCCUUACAGUUGCCCUCAUCAUCGGGCUUUUAAUCAUCGUUAGGAGAAGAAGACAGGACAGCACCGACGGCCCUAAGACAGAUGCAGCAGAGGAAAACAGCGUAGUCUACCAGAACACCAGUGCUUCUGCCGGUAUUUACAAUGAACUCACAGAUAAAAUGGAUGAAGCGAAACCUAGCAAAGGGCAUGUAAACAAUGCUAAAGAGUCGCCUACGACUUCAACAAAUGACAACAACUUAGAUCGUCCCUCCGACUCAAAAUUGGUGGUAACAAGAACUUCAAAAGAACAACGAAAGACAAACCAGUUAAUACAAUCAGCAGGAAAAACUAAAGACUUGGAAAACAACGCGAAAUGCAAAACACCUGUCGAAGAUGCGUCCAAAGAUGUAUUACAGGACAAAGACACCGAUGAUGUGUAUUACAAUCUGAAUAAGGUUGCUGCCAAAGACCUUGAAGCUUUUGUGGCUGCCAAAGACAAGUCAUAUUACCUUGAAGAGUUUAAGAAACUUCCUGAAGGUUUGGUAAAACCCCAUCAAGAUGCAUUGAGGUCAGAAAAUCGUCCAAGAAAUAGAUAUCAAGGCAUCUACCCAUAUGACGACACCAGAGUGAAAUUGACGGGCGGAGAUACGGAUUUUAUCAACGCAAGCUUUGUAGAUGGAUACAGGCAAGAAAAUGAAUACAUUGCUUCUCAAGGUCCAACAGAUAACACCAUGCAAGACUACUCGGUGUUUUGGCGUAUGGUUUGGCAGCAGAAAGUGGGCAAGAUCGUCAUGCUUACCAAUUUAGUGGAAGACGGGAAACCAAAAUGCGACCAAUACUGGCCUGACCAUGGAAUCACUAAACAGUACAGCGAGAUAAACGUGACGUGUUUAACUGAAGACAUGUACGCCGACUUCGUGAUGAGAACGUUUUCAGUGAAAAUGGCUAAAGAGGGCAUGACAGUCCAACAGUUUCAUUUCACCAGCUGGCCGGACAAAGGGGUCCCCGAUGAUGUAACUUCCCUGGUCGAUUUCCGUCACAGGGUUCUACAAACAAAAUCGCCACUUUGUGGACCUACAAUCGUUCACUGCAGUGCUGGCGUUGGCAGGACGGGAACGUACAUAGCGAUGGACUUGUUGACGAGAGAGGGUGAAGCUGAAGGGUCCGUUGACAUUCAUGGUUGUGUCACAAAUAUCAGACAUCGACGUACACGUAUGAUCCAAACGGCAGAUCAAUAUGCUUUUCUGCACCACGCACUUGUUCACACGUUAGCGUUUGACAGUAAACCCGUUCAAACGGAGGGGUUUGCGAACUACGUGUCGGAUUCGGAGAACGAACAUAGGCUAAUCAAACAAUUCAAGCAACUGGAGAUUAGCAUGGAAAGAUCUGAAGAGGAGCAACAAGCAUCUGAAAGAAAUUCAGCCUUAAUAAAGUCCAACAGGGAGGGCGCUGACAUUCCAGGUAACUUGUACAGACCUAGGUUGCAUUUAGGAAAAGAACCGGGGCAUGAUUAUAUCAACGCCAUGUAUGUUAAUAGCUACAAACAACGGAAUCAUUUUGUACUAGCGAUGACCCCACUUGAAGAGACCGUGGCUGACUUUCUCUGUCUCACGAUGCAGGAAAAAGCCGCCUGCAUCGUCGAUAUGGGGAAAGAAUGCUCCUUGUACAUUCCUGAUCUUGACACACAGGCGCAGUUUGGUUUAUAUACAGUAGACAAUCUGCGACAGAAGUCAACAAUAUACAGUGUCAACAGGGUGCUUAGAAUAAGCUACAACGGCCAGGGAGGACCUUCUGAACAUACGGUAUCACACUACCAAGUUACGGCCUGGCAAGACAAUGUUAAUACUCCCGAAUCCGCAACUCACUUUUUGCAACUUGUCAAGGAAGUAGAGACAAAGGCCGCAUCUGGAUCAGUCAUUAUGCAUUGCAAGACUGGUGGAGGACGCUGCGGCCUGUAUGCGGCUGUUUGGACGCUUCUGGAGAAAACAGGCAUAGAGCAUGAGGUUUCGGUGUUUAACACAAUUCGCCAGCUGCGGGCGAGACGGCCAAAUGCCGUAGUGACAACAGAGCAGUACGCAUAUUGUCACGAUUGUGUGUGCGAGUAUCUGCAAUCAUUCGACAUCUACUCCAAUUUCUCCUAGCAAUUUAAUAUUGCCAUUAUUUUGUUCAUUUGUGCAUGCGAUCGUUCGAAACAUUCGUACGUGAAACAUGUCUGACUGUACAGAUGCUCUUGUCACGAUUGUGCUCUGUUUGCAAUCAUAUGGUGCAUACUAAGUCUAAUACUUUUGUUGAAGAAACACAAAUUAUAACCUUGUAAGAUUUUUGUAUAGUUGAUUAUUGUUAUGAUAUUAAAUGUGUAUAUAGUUAAAUAAUGCAAAUUAUGUGAACAAGUAAAUCAGCAGAUGGUCUUGUCUUACACAGUGUAUAUAGCCAAAAGAAGUAUAUAUAAAAUAUCAACGCUUUUGCCUAUGUUUAUACUUCGUUAAUAUAUUUCCUCAUGUAGUGGUAUUGUCUUAAUGUAGAGUAGUUCAUGCUUAAUUUUACGGCUACUGAGCUUGUUUCUUUAGUUUCCAUAUAAAUAUGUUUUUCAUAUUAAUACUUAUAAG